GGCCCCGCCCACAUACAGCUACAGAAACAGGAGGACAAGUUUUCCCUCAGGUUGCGAAGAACACCGCGGCGUCCUCGAUGGGACGACCGGCCGAGCCUGCGACCUCCCUCCUGCAGCGACACGAAUCGGUCAACAGAGAAAGGUCAACCGAUGCCUCCGGAGAACUUUGAACCGUGUCAAAACCGUGUCGCCCCGAGGCCACCGAACCGGUCGCACCGAUCGAGUUGACAGAGUCAGCAGCCAGGCAGCACAGACAUGGAGCUCGGCUCCACCGUCGGCGCCGUGAGAAGUCAGAGGGUGCUGAUGGGCCACCGACUCUGCCCCGCCGUCGUCCGAAUAAAGGAUGGGAGGAUCCACCGAAUCCUCUCGGGCAGCCUCUUCCCCGCGGGGGACGACGACGACGACGAGGACGAGGUGCUGGACGUGGGCGACAGUGUGGUGAUGCCCGGCCUCGUGGAUUCCCACGUCCACGUGAAUGAGCCGGGACGCGUCUCCUGGGAGGGGUUCUGGACCGCCACCAGGGCUGCUGCGGCCGGGGGGGUGACGACCGUCGUGGACAUGCCCCUAAAUAGCAUCCCUCCAACCACCACACUCAAUCAUUUUCACGAGAAGUUGCGGGAGGCGACGGGGAAGUGUUUCGUGGACACGGCUUUCUGGGGAGGAGUGAUUCCCGGCAACCAGCUAGAUCUGCAGCCGAUGAUCCAGGCCGGAGUGGCCGGCUUCAAAUGCUUCCUCAUCCAUAGCGGGGUGGAGGAGUUUCCCCACGUGACCGCCUGCGAUCUACAUGCAGCCAUGAAGCAGCUGCAAGGCACAGGGAGCGUCCUGCUGUUUCAUGCAGAGUUGGAUGUUCAGCAGCCUUCAGAGGAGACUGCAGACCCCUGUCACUACUCCACGUUUCUGCAGUCCAGGCCAGAUGUCAUGGAAGUGGAGGCCAUUCGCACGGUUACAGAACUCUGCCUGCAGUACAAGGUGCGGUGCCACAUAGUUCACCUGUCCUCGGCAAAGCCACUGGAAAUGAUCCAGGAGGCGCAGCGGGCCGGGGCCCCGCUGACGGUGGAGACGACCCACCACUACCUCAGCCUGUGUGCGGAGAACAUACCCGCAGGGGCCACACAGUUCAAGUGCUGUCCUCCCAUCAGAGGAUCUGAUAACCGGGAGCUGCUAUGGUCUGCUCUGAAAGCCGGGCAGAUAGACAUGGUGGUGUCUGACCACUCUCCCUGUACCCCUGAUCUGAAGAACCUGGAGAGCGGAGACUUCACUCAGGCCUGGGGGGGAAUUUCUUCUCUACAGUUUGGUUUACCUCUGUUCUGGAGUUCAGCCAGUAAGAGAGGCUUCGAGCUGUCUGAUGUGGUGAGGCUUCUCAGCCAGAAAACAGCCCAGCUGUGCGGUCUUGACAAACAGAAAGGCAGCCUCAGCCCCGGCCAUGAUGCCGACUUGGUCAUAUGGGACCCAGAGAGGGAAUUUGAGAUUCAAGAGGCAGGCAUACACCAUAAAAACAAGAUAACCCCUUACCUGGGCAAAACACUGCAAGGAGUGGUGUGCUCCACCAUCCUCAGGGGACAGCUGGUGUACAGGGAAGGCUCCUUCUGCCCCGAGCCUCUGGGCAAACACCUCCUCAUCCCUCCAAGGGAAACUCAAGAAGCAUUGUGUGAAGCAUUCUGAUGGCGAUCUAUCAUUUCUCUCAAACCCACUGAAUGAUUUUCACAUUACAGUUUUCUUUGGUAACAGAACUGGGAUCACCUGCUGCAUUGACAGAUUGUUAAGACGUCUUCAGUAAAACUUCUUUAAAAAAAAAUAGAGCAUUUAUUAAACUCUUCAUCUCAA